AUUCAGAUUUCACAAUGAUGACCCUCAGUGAAGCAAAUGCCAAGUUUGGUGUUUACUUUUACCAUCUGCUGACCCAUGAACACCCAUCUGAAAAUAUCUUGUUUUCUCCUAUCAAUCUCGCAAUCGCUCUGGGUCUGCUCCUUCUUGGAUCUGACUGUGAUGCAGCAGCUCAGAUAGAAAAGAUACUUCAUUGGGAUGAAGUUAAAGGGUGCAAUAGUCCUGGGAGAAAAAGAACUUUAACAGCAUCAAGAAACUAUGCUCAAUUGGGAGAUAUGCGAAGAGCUAAUUUGUUUCAUCAAACCUCUCCCACAAUGGUCCCCGGUUAUGAAUGUGAGACACCUGAGGGCAUCCAUACUGCUUUCCACAAAAUCCUUGCAGAACUCGACAGGCCCAGCACAGGCUAUGUGCUGAGUUUCGCCAAUCGACUCUAUGGAGACCAGGCCAUUGGUUUUCUCCAGAAAUUCCUUUACUGUGCUCUGAAAUUGUACCUGACGGAUGUGGACAGAGUCAACCUUCGUAAUGCCCCAGAGGAAGUCCGGAAGCUGAUAAACCUGUGGACUGAAGUUCAGACACAUGGUAAAAUCAAAGAUCUCUUCCCCAAGGACAGCUUUGAUUGUCUUGCUCAGCUGCUGCAGGUAAAUGCUCUCUACUUCAAAGGACAAUGGGAUGUGAAGUUUGACAAAGCAGUCACACAAGAAGGCCCAUUUUACUUGAAUGAGAGGGACUGCACAACAGUGCAGCUGAUGUACCAGAAGGGCCAGUAUAAGACUGGCAUCAUUGAGGGAUGUGGCGUGCAAGUGCUUGAGCUCCCCUACAGAAACAAUGAGCUGAGUUUGUUCAUCCUGCUCCCCAAAGACUACCACCCCAAAUCUCUCCAACGGUUGGAAGAUGAACUUAGUGACCUCCUGCUCGACUGGUCUUGCAUUCUGAAGCUGGAAGAAACUGAGGUGGUAAUACCCAAGUUCAGCUUAGAGAAGAGCCUUGAAGUCAAUGCGUACUUAGAUCUGUCAACCCUGACUGAUCCCCAAAACCCCAAUUUCUCUAAGGCAACAACCACAGAAGGUGUGGCUCUGACUCAGCUUGUCCAUGAUAUGUUUAUUGAAAUUGAUGAGGAGGGUUGUAAAAAAGCCCCUCCUUGUCCUCGGGAUAAGCACCAAUGUCGGAAACCUCUGAAGUUCAUAGCCAUCCAUCCUUUCAUCUUCUAUGUCCUGCACAAAGUUACCCAAACCCUCAUUGCUUUGGGUAAAUUCACAAAGCCAGAGUAA